UGGCGAUGGCCACAAGCAUGGCCACAUGACUCGUGAGCGAGGGUGGCACACGCGUUCCUGGAAGCGUUCCUGGAAGCCUUCCCGGCCGGCGGGAGCAGGGAGCGCACAGCUACCUCGGCCCGCCCGGCCUGAGAGAGCGCUUCUGCCGCUUUCGGCUCCGUCAGCGGCUGCCGGCCGCAUCCCCGCCCCGCCCCGGGGGCGGCACCGCCAGGAGAGGCAUCACCGGCAAAGGCAACAUCGCACCCCGCUACCCGCGCACGCCAGGAUUUGCCCGAGGAAGGCAAGAAGCAUGACCAAGAUGAACUGCAUCCUGCUGACCACUUGCAUUGUUCUGAUUGCUUUUUGUGGCUCUGGUUAUACCUUAAGAUGUUACCACUGUGACAACAGCCCUACCGUGUGCAGGACCAACAGCACCUGCUUAACAACUGAAGACACUUGCUUGCAGUUGAAAUUUGGUAAAUUGAGAACUUUCUCCUGCUGGAAGGCAUCCCAGUGCAGUGUGAAUGAAAUUGCAGAUUCCUUCCUGUUGGAUAAUUUUGAAUUCUUUUGCUGCCAACACGAUCUGUGCAAUGAGAGUGUGAUUACUGGGGUUAACAAAGCAGCCUUCAGUAUUGCUUCUGUAAUGGCCAUGUUAUGGAUGCUCCUGUAAUAAUCCUAGUUUGUAAGCUGUCCUUUCAAGAUGAAAUUACACAAAACCAUUAACUCUUUUCUAUAUUGCAUAUUUUCAGCUCCUAUCCGUAGCAGAAACAUUCCCAUGUAAUUUUAAGUUGUUUCCCAAGGUUCUGUCUGUUAAAUCACUGUCUCCAUUAAUGGGAAGGAGUUGUGUGUUGUUACCAUCUGUUUUGAUCUGUUCCCCUGUUCAUGGGGAAGAUCAGCUCUUGUGAAGUGGUGUUAUCUUGUGGAGAACCUGGGCAAACUCCAGUGGGUGAUGUGAAGGAGAAGGAACACUGCAGCUUUUCUGCUGGAAAUUGUAAUUUUUUUCCUGUCCCAUAAACUGUCAUUAUUUUU